UGCACAUCCCUGAGCAUCCCUGCACAUCCCUGUGUGCUGGGGUUUGCUGGCAGGGCCAGGAGAGGAUGGUGCAGGUGAUGCCAUCCCAAGUCCAGUGCCGGGUAUCCUGGUGUCUUCCCAUGGAGAGGAUGCUACGCUGCCAAAGGUUUCCCUGGGGUGCUCCCAACCCUCUCCUCCUGCUCCGGGUGAUGCCCCAGUUCACCUUCGCUUGCUUCUGCGGGCUCCAUGGUUUCUGCAAGAUGAAGAGGAAGAAAGAAGAGCCCAGCGCGGAGCAGGAGACCGCAGUGUGAGGAGCAGGCUCCUGCGUGCAUCCCCCUGAGCUGUGCCUUGGGACCCAUCCCCUUCCCCUUGAUUCUUGUGGGGCCAAAAGCAUGGGAAUGACCUUGCAAGAGGCAGAAGCGGAUGCUGUGGACGUUAUCCUUGUGCUGCGCCCUCAGCACCUGAGCAGGCAGUGAUGGAGGGACCCUGAGUACCAGCAGGGCAGAGACUCCCUCCUGAGCAACCGAGCCUGCCCUUGCUCCAGCAAGUCCCAACACACAGACAUGGAGGGGUUUCCAAAGCCGGGGCCAGACCUUGUCCUUCCUGGGGCCCUGUUGCUGCAGAGCCUGGCCCUGCCUGGUGAGGAGCGGCUGAAUAUCAGAACCAAGCUGGUUUGGGGUUGGUUUGUGCUAUGAAGCAAGUGCCUGGCACUCCAGGAAGCCGCUCUCCAUGUCCUG